AUGGUGGUCCGUAAACGUCGUCAACCCAAAAAAGAGGUGGAUCUUACUUCCGACACCGAGGAGAGCACUGUAACCAGCACCGUCGCCACCGACGAGACCGCCAGCAGUGUGGAUGGAACGCAGGAGACGGCCGAAGAAACCGGCGAAUCCGACGAAUUCGUCGUCAAAGACGCGCUGUAUCAACUGGUCUUGGAGGUGUAUCGGAUUGUUACGACGUAUGUUUGAAAAGGGGGAAAAUUUGAGGCCGAAGCUCGGGCGCAGGUCGGGAAAAUUUUGGAAAUUUUUUUUUCGAAAAUUUUAAAUUUUUAUGCAAAUUUGGUCUGGAAAAAAUUAUUUUUAUGUUGAAAAAAAUAAAAAUCGAUCCGUAGAUAGUAACCGAAAAUUUUUAUAACAAAAAUCGAAAAAAAAUAAAAAAAUUUUUUUUAUUUUUCCGUCUAAAAAUUUUGGUGGUUUCUGCAAAGCACAAGCUAAAAAAUCGCGUACAGGCUUUAAAAAUUCCCAAUAGAAUCGUUCCUCAAGUUUCAGGAAGUUUAAAAUGAAAAUUUUAAAAUUUUUGGUCCCGACGCGAAAACUUGAAACUUCGAAAAAAGUAAAAAUUUCAAUCUAAAAACAACAAUUUUUUGGCUUAGAAGCAGAAAAACCCCCGAUUUUGAUCUUUUUUCUGAAUUAAAAAAAUUCAAAUUUUGGGUCCCGACACGAAAACUUGAAACUUGGAAAUAAAAAUAAAACUUUGCGUCUAAAAACUACAAUUUUCGGCCCAUAAGCAGAAAAACCGCCCAAUUUUGAAGUUUUUUUCUGAAUUAAAAAAUUCAAAUUUUGGGUCCCAACACGAAAACAAUAAAAUUUUCAAAAAAUAAAAAAUUUUUGCUAAAAGUAGUUUUUUGGUCAUUUUUGGCUACGAAAAUGUAAAAGGGACCUCUAAAAAUUUUACAAAAUUGUAUUUUCAGCCCUUCCAUUCGUCUGAUCAUCGCCAUCCUGCAAUAUCUCGCUAUGAUGACCUACCUUUUCCGCAGCCGAAUCGAAGAGAACCCUCUGGGCCAAGUGUACCUGGAACAAGUGGAGUUUAUGAAGUCCACGAUGAUUCAAGUUUUUUGGCCCGGAAAUGAUUUGGGAAUCUAUGAGAGGACCCUCGGACCUUAUUAUAACACCACCAAGAAUGAGAUUUUCCAAUCUUUUGAUGAUUUAGUGUAAGUUGGGCGCUGAAAAUGUAUACCAAUUUUUUUCAAUCUUGACCUAGGAAUUCCUUUUUUACACCAAAAUUACCACUAAAAAUGUUUAAAUUAAGUUGUCAUUUUGUGACACGUUGCAACGACAGCAGUUUUGGUUUUUUCAGCACUAAUAUGACCGGCCAAUCUCCAUGGACUUUUAUCCUCGAAAAUUGGGCAACCAUCCUGCGCGCUGUCGUGUUUGUCUUCGAGGGCUGGUUUUACUCCUUUGCGAUUGCGAUUGCCAAAUUGCCUGCCGCCAUUUUCAUCACGUUUGGUCUGUAUCCACAUCGGUUUGCCUCUAGGGUAAGUGAGUUUUGGAGUUUUAUAAAAAAGCGUCAUAAUGACGGAUUUUUUGGAAUUUGAAAAAUUGCUGGUGAAAACUUAUGACAGAAUGACAUUUUUGAGAUUUAUUGUUUAGCGUGGAAUUUUUCAAAAUCCAUCAUGAUGACACAUUUUUCGGAAAUUAUGUCAUCAUGACGGAUUUUUUGAAGUUUGAAAAAUUGCUGAUGAAAACUUGGGUAUGACGUUUUUGAGAUCUUUCGUUGAGCGUAGAAUCUUUCAAAAAAAACAGUCAUGAUGACACAUUUUUUGGAAAUUUUGUCAUUAUGACGCAUUUUUUGGAAAAAUGUUUUAUGACCAGAAAAAAGCUGUGUUAGUGUUUUUAGGCGUUUUGUAGCUAAAAAAUAGUCCAAAAAUACGUCAUCAUGGCAUGAUGACGUGUUUUUUGGAAGGAUAAAGAACAUGUGUUUUUUUAUUUUUCUUUUGUUCAGUAAGAUUUUUCAGAGCCUCUCCUUUGAUGUGCUCAAGUCUUUGAUCAUUUUGGCGGCCAUGAUUACCGUUUCUUUGCCGCUCGGACUCAUCGAAGUGGCUUACAUUGUACUUGCUUUGAUGGGUGUGGAUUGGUUUGGAUUGGCGGUGACUACGCUCCUUGGCAUACAUUUGGCUGCCUCUUCUCAGGUUGGUUGAGAUUUUGAGUUAAUUUUGUCAUCAUGACAUGUUUUUUGGAAAUUUUCCGAGAGAUGUCAUCAUGACGAUUUUUUUUUGGAAAAGGGGUUAACUAAUUUUUUUUGAGCCUUGGCAUAUAUUUUGUGUCGACAUUGCCGAAAAUUAUGUCACUAUGACCUAUUUUUUCGAAUUUUUCAAAAAAUUAGUCAUGAUGACACCUUUUUUUAGAAAAUGAUUUUUCCACGUUUUAGAUGGUCUGGAAUCUCCUCGCGACUGCCAGCUCGGAACAAAUUGACGUUAUCUUCUCGUUCACCAACCCUUUUUUGACCAAAGAUUCCGUGGAAUACCUAAAGUCAGUGCUCAAUUCUGCCAAAGAAAAUUCAUGGCUUCCGAAUCCAGAAAAUACGGAAUUCAUCCCGGAAACAAUCAAGAAUUCCCUGAUCUUCACUGUAAUCCUGGUGGUGGGAAGAUUCUCGCUGAAUCGUCUGACCGCGCGCUACAGAAUUGUGAACAGAGUCCACGGCGAAAAUGUGGAAAAUCACGAUGCGCAAUGCGAAUGUGUGCAGGAGUCUGACGCUUGA